AUGUGUGCUCACGAGACUGGUGAAAAGAAGACCUAUGAAUAUGACAGGGAGACUGGUGAAAAGAAGACCUAUGAAUAUGACAGGGAGACUGGUGAAAAGAAGACCUAUGAAUAUGACAGGGAGACUGGUGAAAAGAAGACCUAUGAAUAUGACAGGGAGACUGCUGAAAAGAAGACCUAUGAAUAUGACAGGGAGACUGGUGAAAAGAAGACCUAUGAAUAUGACAGGGAGACUGGUGAAAAGAAGACCUAUGAAUAUGACAGGGAGACUGGUGAAAAGAAGACCUAUGAAUAUGACAGGGAGACUGCUGAAAAGAAGACCUAUGAAUAUGACAGGGAGACUGGUGAAAAGAAGACCUAUGAAUAUGACAGGGAGACUGCUGAAAAGAAGACCUAUGAAUAUGACAGGGAGACUGCUGAAAAGAAGACCUAUGAAUAUGACAGGGAGACUGGUGAAAAGAAGACCUAUGGAAACUAUUGUCUCAGAGAGUGUUGA